AUGCACAUGUUGUCCGACUUCACCGCUCUGUGCGGCUCGGCGACGGGCGUGGAUUGGCUUAGGCCAGAGCUGAACAACACCACCGUCAUACACGUGCUGAACAGUCUGCUCUCAGAUCUGGAGGAGCACUUCAGUGACGCACUGGAUGAGGAAACGCUGAGAAUGGUAUGCUUCGAGCUCUUGAAGUUCGCCCUCCCCUGGGCUGUGGCCGACGGCGUGGACAGCGAGCAAGUCUGCUGUUCGUGGGUGUUCACUACCACCGCCAUUGCCAGCCAGAAGUUCAAGUGGCUUUGCACUCCCAUGGCGGGUUCCACUCUCUACAAGUCCGCGCAGCCGAAAGCCAAAUCGAAGCCGAAGAAAGCUGCCGCCGGCACGGGCUCGGAGCCCCCCAAGUACUGGUUGGAUGACGCGGUUGCGUGCGUGAUGGCUGUCAAGGAUCACCUCGACCCUUCGAACAUCAAGCAUGCUGUGAUCAGGAGGUCCAUCUUCCUCGCCCUGCAAUUCUGUUUCGAGAAGAAGAUCGUCAUUGCGCGGCACGCCACCAGGGUCUUGGCGAAGCUGGACAUGGCCGACGACGCCGACGCCCGGGCCGAGGCCCUCUCCUUGCCCGCGAGCCCGGACGAGCUCUGGCAGAAGGGGAUGGUCCGCAACCCGGAGGUCAGCGCGAUGCAGGCGAUGGCAGAGGACGCUUCUUUUGUCAGGCAGCUGGUUGGCUUCUGCGCCAGGAACAUCGCGCCCUCGCUGCCGACGGCCAUGCAGCCGACGUUCAGGGACCUGUCCAUGAACAUCACGGCGUCCUUGGCCAAGCAGCAGCAGAAGCUCGUCGCGCUGGCAACGGACAGCGACAAGGAGCUCUUCGGCUUAGUCCCGCAGCGGUGGAUGGAGUUCACGGCCUACGUGCGCAAGAUGAUCGUGGACCACAGCUCGGGCGCCAGCGAGAACCGGUUGAGGCUCAUCUCGUUCGGCGUCUUCAACUGCGCGGACAGCGUGGCGAAGUUCUGGAGAGCUCGCGCCCUGUACUUCAGGGAGGCGGUGGCGUGUCUCGUCGGCGGGCCCGAACGGAUGACCUCCACGGACUACUCGCACGUGACCCUCUGGCUCUACAGCGCCCAGGCGGAGGUCGCCGAGGUCCUCGAGUGCGGCGGCCCAGCUGCGGCUGUCUACGCGAAGCGCAUGUCGCAGAUCAUCCUGGCCGGCGUGGUGGACGGGCUUAGCCUCGAUGCUCCGGCCAUGUCCUCGAAGCUGAAGUCCACGAUGCAGGCGCUGGAGCAGCAGCGGGCCGAUGCUGCCGAGAUGCUUCAGCUGCUGGCUGCGCACUGCCCCAGGGGGGACUCGUUUCUCAAGCCGCUGCCCGAGAUUCGCGCGAUGUGGAACGCUAUGGCGGCCGAGCCGGGCGACGAGGCGACGGGUGGAGCUGCGGUGGGAGUGGCGUCGACCAGCGAGGAGGAGACGGUGCCAGCGAUGGCCAUGCACUCCUUGGCGCUCCACCUCGAGCAGAAGCUAUACGACUGGGCGUUCCAGGGGGAGCACGCGUCGACCCUCGCCCCGGACGCGCACGCCGACACCUUGAUGGGGGACGCUUUCGACCCUGCGGCUGCCAUCUACUGGACGAAGACGGAGUUAUGCGUGGCGCCGGAGAAGGACCUGGUGUUCAACAUGAUUGGGGAGGUCUCGCGUGUCCCCGCGGUUGGCGGCUACAAGCUGUGCGCGGUGAGUAAUGUCGACUUGUUCGUGAACCCGUCCGGGAAGGAUUUCACGGUUCCGGAGUUCGUUCCAGCUUGGCUACUGCCGCUGGACACGGACGACCUGCGCAAGGCAGAGACAGGCGACGAUGGGAACGUUGCUCGCAUUAUUACGCUCGAGGCCGUCCAGAAGGAUAUACCCUUCUCGUACUCCUACACGUACUUCGCGGCUCGCAAGACCAUCAAGACGACGCUCACAGUGUGGCAGCUCAAGAUGCCCGAGAGUGACGCGUUCACCAAGGAGAUCGCUGCCGCCCCCACCAACACUCGGUUCAGGGUCGCCAGGGGCGAGAUCAAGAACGCCGCGAAGACGGCCCCGAAGCUCAAGAAGGCCGCCCGGGGCAAGGGCCGGGGCAAGGGCGCCGCCGACAGCGAGCAUCAGCCGCAGCAGAACGUGCCCGCCGAGCAGCGGCACUUGCUCAGGUAG